GAUUCGCAAGCGACUCAACUUUGGGAUGGAAUCCCAGCACCUGCUGCUGACACGCAGCCCGACGGCUUCGACGACGACGACUUGAAUGCAGAGCUGGAAAAGCUUAUCGAUGAAUGUGGUCUCGAUGAGGACUCCGGCCUGAUGUCCACGACGGGCGGGUCCGACCUCGAUCGGUUGAGAGCAGAGCAGGAGGCAGCAGAGAUGGAAAGGAAGUUGCAGGAGGCAAAAGAGAUGGAAAGGAAGUUGCAGGAGGCCGGUACCCUGCAUGUGUCCAGUGCUGGGUUCAAAAGGGCAUUCAGCCCACCGAAGAAUGCGAAUCCGCAUCGAAUGGAGAUGUCCCCGCUGUCACUGCAACUGAAGAAGGCACAAGAAGAAGAAGAGCUCCUAAAAAAGGAGAUGGCGACUGCUGCCAAAAAGCAGAAGCUAGAGGAGCUGCAAAGGAAAAAUGAGCUCAUGAGGAACAAGCUUGCAGCUUUGGGUGUGCCACCAAGCCCGAGUGUGCCACCAAGCCUGACGAGUGUGCCACCAAGCCCGGCGAGUGUGCCACCAAGCCCGGCGAGUGUGCCACCAAGCCCCGCGAGUGUGCCACCAAGCCCCGCCCCGAGUGUGCCACCAAGCCCCGCCGCGAGUGUGCCACCAAGCCCGGCCGCGAGUGUGCCACCGACCUCGGCGAGUGUGCCACCAAGCCCGACGACGAUGCCACCUCCGAUGGCUGAUCUCCGCAGAUCCGGCCCUUUGCAGCACCAAGGAAGCAACGUCUCGAGUUUCUCCGACAAGUCGGACGAAGCAGCAGAAGUUGCCCGGAAAAAUGCUGCCGCCGCCCUUCAAACAGUACGCCGACUCACGACAAAUCCGAACAAGUGCACGUUCGAGAUCUUGCAGCAGUGGCGAAACGGCGGCGAGGACCGGAAGAACAUCGUCAAGGACUACAUGAAAUCCGGACAGGAUGUGACGAAAGUGACGGUGAACCUCAUCAUGCGAGAUGUGCUGAGUGAGCAGGAGAAGAAGAAGAAGGAAAAACUGACUGAGGAGCAGGUCUUCAGGCACUACGAGCCGAACCAAGCGAAAGCAAGGGAAGCGAUCGACUUCGCACUCGCCGAAGGUUACGAGAACGACCCGAACUUCCCGGAUCACGCCGGCUACCGCCUCUACAAGAUCUUCACGGGUUUCAGCGAAACACAGCUCUUCGAGAAACGACGAGAAAUCGAGGCCAAUAUCAGGCCCCUCGCCCAGGACCAACGUGCUCCCAAGGCGGAGGAGGAGAAGAUGCCGCCACCACGAAACAAGACGGCUGCAAAGGGUAAGGCAAAAGCCAAAGCAAAGGGUCCGCCACCUAUGAAGGCCGGGGUCUUCGAGCUCGCCAAGGUCAGGGCAAGUGAUCUGAAGGAAAGUUUGCCACGGUUCAACCGUGGUGAGACGAAGAAAUCCAUGGAGAAGGAAGUCUUGGCAAAGGUUGGCUCCUUUGCCCGCCUGCAGCUCCAGCUGACUGGUGUGAACGAAGCCAAAGGAGUGCUCGAUGCCCUCCGGGAUGCACAGGUCAAUCUCGAGAUGAAGUACAAGGCCCUGCAAGCCCUCGCCGACGAUGUGGAGGAAUUGGAUUGGCAAACCCACAUCAAGGAGGUGGCGGCUGCCUAUCUGGUAUGUGCUUCCAAGGAGGACUUCGCUGUGGGUGUGGCUCGAGUGCAGUCCAGCAAAAAGCGAGAGUAG